ACGAUCGCAAAAAAAUUGAAACGAUUUUGAGCCUCAACGAUGCCGCCUUGUGUGACAAAACUCGCUUCGAAAUACUAUUAACCGAUUCAAAGUCGCCCAGUGUAAUUAAACGUCCGACGAGAUUCAGAUCAUCAGACUAUUUGCAUUUUCAUUACGGUAGCGCUACGCUUUUUACAUUUGAUCAGUCGACGCCGGGAAGUUGAUUUGUUUUAAAAGUUUAACAGUGCGACCAAGAUUCAUUAAAAUGAGUGAUGCAAAGCCAUUUCUUUUGAUAUUACUUGUGGGUGCGAUUUACUGUCGAUAUGUCGAUCCAUUAUUUUUUACCGUCCAAGACCUUCAUUUGGAUGAUGUCACCGAUGUUACCAUGCUAUCCGAUGCAAAAUUUUUGGUGAAGCGUGCCACCGAUGCCAUCAUGCAACGCGACACCGAUGCCAAAGAGAAUCAAUACGAAUUUUCAUACAAAACCGACAAUCAGGAGCAUUAUCAAAAAGGAAUGUUGGUAAAUGGUGAUUUGUCCGUCGUUGGUGCAUAUUCGGUGAAGCAUCCCGAUGGAAUAACUCAGACGACAAUGUAUGUGGCUGACAAACGUGGUUAUCGGCCGCUUGUUAAGUUGAGAUACAACGCCUUGUUGAAAAGCGCCGUUGGAUAAAACCGAAAAAAAUUUGAAAUUUACAAAUAAAAAUCCCAACCAAAUUAAUAUCAAUUUAAGAAAAUUGAAUUGCCAUUUAAAUUAUUUAUAAAACAAAAACCCAAGAGGAGAAAUAAAACCAAAAUAGCCUUAGUCCAAAUAUAACAACAAAAUUCCCUAUUUCAUUUGGAAUUCCAUUUUGCUAACAAACAGAAAAGCAACAACAACGAUAAUAAACAUUAAAUGCAAAAUCGAUGUGAGUUUAUUAGCACGCAACAUCCAGAGUCAGAUAUUGUAAGUAAACACGGGAAUUACUUUCCGAUUUGUUUCUUCUUGUCGUGUUAAAAUGUUGAUUGUUCAGUGUUCACACAAAAUGUUGUGUAGUGUAGGAUUCUGCGAAAAACCGAUACGUGUACACAGACAUUCCACAGAAAGAAUGUGUAGAACUAAAAGAGAUAGAUGCAUAUAGUACAUAUAUGUGUGAAAUGUUGAUUACAUACAGAAUUUUAAGUAAAUAAAAUAUACCGGUUCUAUGAGCAUCGGGUUAUGGCUGAGGAAUGAAUCGAGUCUUCUCUUUAUCUUUCUCAUCAUCGUUUAUUUUAGUCAUUUUUUUUCCUUUAUUAUUAAUAUUCGUACACAAAACACACCCGCCAAUACAAUUGCAGAAUGUUCGUUGCGAUAACAAGAAGAGCUCGAUCGAAUGUUGGUAACAUUCACAACACCAACACAAUCAUACACCAAAAGAGAGAGAGAGAGAGAGAGAGAGAGAGA